AUGUCUGGAAGUGAAGACGACAGAGACGAUUAUGGAGCUCCCGACAACCGCCUAAUGCACGAUGAUGAGGAAGAGGAGAUCUCGGAGAGCGAAACUCCGAAGGUGAAGAAGAAGAAAAAAGCGAAGAAGAGCAGAGAGAGCAAGGGCAGCAAGAGGCGGUCACGCAGGGAGGAGCUUGCAAUCAGCUCCCCAGAGCCCAUGGACAUGGGCGGUGUGGAAGAUGUAGAAGAUGGAGGCCCUGCCCAGCGCUCCGACAGCGAGGGUAGCGACUACACUCCCGGGCGGAAGAAGAAGAAGAGAGGCAGCAGCGGCAAAGAAAAGAAGAGGAGCAGUGGAGUGGCUGAGAGGAGCUCCUCCAAGAGGAAAGAACCAGAGCCAGAAGAAGAUGAUGAUGACGAUGACGACGACUGCUCUGAACCAAAGUCGUCGUCUCAGCUGCUGGAUGACUGGGGCAUGGAGGACAUCGACCACGUUUUCACUGAGGAGGACUACAGAUCUCUGACCAACUACAAGGCCUUCAGCCAGUUUGUCAGACCACUCAUUGCAGCCAAGAACCCCAAGAUCGCCGUGUCAAAGAUGAUGAUGGUUCUUGGAGCCAAGUGGCGCGAGUUCAGCACUAACAACCCCCUGAGAGGCGCAGCUGCUGCAAACGCUGCACUUGCCACUGCUAACGUACCAGCUGCUGUGGACAACAUGGUGGCAGAGGUCGCCCCAGCAGCUGUAGCCCCAUCUGUCCCAGCAGAGCCCUUGCAGACGCCUCCACCUCCAAUCCGCAAGGCCAAGACCAAGGAAGGCAAAGGUCCUAAUGCCCGCAAGAAACCCAAACCUGCACCAAAACCACAGGAAAAGAAGAAUAAUACCAAGACAAAGAAAGUUGCUCCUUUAAAAAUCAAACUGGGAGGCUUCAACAGCAAGAGGAAACGCUCAUCAAGCGAGGAGGACGAGCCAGAUGUUGAUAGUGAUUUCGAGAACGGCAGCAUCAACAGCGUCUCCAUCUCAGAAGGUUCAAACAGCCGCAGCAGCCGUGGGAAAAAGAAGCCCUCAAAGAGCAAACCUAAGAAAAAGAAAGAAGCAGAGGAUGGUGACGGAUAUGAGACCGACCACCAGGACUACUGUGAGGUUUGCCAGCAGGGUGGAGAGAUCAUCCUGUGCGACACCUGUCCCCGAGCGUAUCACAUGGUCUGCCUGGACCCCGACAUGGAGAAGGCCCCCGAGGGUACCUGGAGCUGCCCCCACUGCGAGAAGGAGGGGAUCCAGUGGGAAGCCAGAGAGGAGGUCUCGGAAGGAGAGGAAGACAACGGGGAGACGGGGGAGACGGAGGAGGACGAUCACCACAUGGAGUUCUGCAGAGUUUGUAAAGAUGGAGGAGAGCUCCUCUGCUGCGACUCGUGUCCGUCGUCGUACCACAUCCACUGCCUCAACCCCCCGCUCCCGGAGAUCCCCAACGGAGAGUGGAUCUGCCCCCGAUGCACGUGUCCACCCAUGAAAGGGAAGGUACAGAAGAUCUUGACAUGGCGAUGGGGAGACCCCCCUCCUCCCACACCGGUGCCCCGCCCCCCAGACCUCCCGGCUGACGCACCAGACCCUGCUCCGCUGGCAGGGCGACCCGAGAGAGAGUUCUUCGCCAAAUGGUGCAACAUGUCUUACUGGCAUUGCUCAUGGGUCUCAGAGCUCCAGCUGGAGAUGCACUGCCAGGUGAUGUUCAGGAACUACCAGAGAAAGAACGACAUGGACGAGCCGCCUCCCAUCGACUUUGGUGACGGAGAGGAGGACAAGUGCCACAAGAGGAAGAACAAGGAUCCAAUGUAUGUUCAGCUGGAGGAGAGAUACCUCCGCUUUGGAAUCAAGAUGGAGUGGCUGAUGAUCCACCGCGUCCUGAACCACAGCGUGGACAGGAAGAACAACGUCCACUACUUGAUCAAGUGGCGGGAGCUGGCGUACGACCAGGCCACCUGGGAGGCCGAGGACAUGGACGUGCCCGAGUUCGACCCCUACAAACUGCAGUACUGGAACCACAGAGAGCUGAUGAUGGGAGAGGAAGGGAAGCCUGGGAAGAAGCUCAAGGUGAAAGGAAGGGUGAAGCGGCCGGACAGGCCUCCUGAGAACCCAGUGAUAGACCCAACGAUAAAGUUUGAGCGUCAACCCGAGUACCUGGACAGCACCGGAGGAACUCUGCACCCCUACCAGCUGGAGGGCCUCAACUGGCUGCGGUUCUCCUGGGCCCAGGGCACCGACACCAUCCUCGCCGAUGAAAUGGGUUUGGGAAAGACAGUGCAGACUGCCGUCUUCCUCUACUCCUUGUAUAAAGAGGGUCACUCCAAGGGGCCGUUCCUCGUCAGCGCUCCUCUCUCAACCAUCAUCAACUGGGAGAGGGAGUUUGAGAUGUGGGCGCCCGACAUGUACGUGGUGACGUACGUAGGAGACAAAGACAGCAGAGCCGUCAUCAGGGAGAACGAGUUCUCCUUCGAGGACAACGCCAUCCGGGGAGGAAAGAAGGCAUCCAGGAUGAAGAAAGACUCGUCCAUAAAGUUCCAUGUUCUGCUGACAUCUUACGAGCUGAUCACCAUCGACAUGGCCAUCCUGGGAUCGAUCGAUUGGGCCUGCCUGGUGGUGGAUGAGGCCCAUAGGCUGAAGAAUAACCAGUCUAAGUUUUUCCGGGUGCUGAACAACUACUCCCUGCAGCACAAACUGCUACUGACUGGAACUCCUCUACAAAACAACCUGGAGGAGCUUUUCCACCUCCUCAACUUCCUCACACCUGAGAGGUUCAACACCUUGGAAGUCUUCCUGGAGGAGUUCGCCGACAUCGCCAAGGAGGACCAGAUCAAGAAGCUGCACGACAUGCUGGGUCCGCACAUGCUCAGAAGGCUGAAGGCCGAUGUCUUCAAACACAUGCCCUCAAAGACCGAGCUCAUUGUCAGAGUGGAGCUCAGCCCCAUGCAAAAGAAAUAUUACAAAUUCAUCCUAACGAAAAACUUUGAGGCCCUCAACACAAAAGGAGGAGGAAACCAGGUGUCACUUCUAAAUGUGGUCAUGGACCUCAAGAAAUGCUGCAACCACCCCUACCUCUUCCCCGCAGCUGCCAUGGAAGCUCCAAAGAUGCCCAAUGGGAUGUACGAUGGGAACGCUCUUACAAAAUCGUCUGGAAAACUUUGUUUACUGCAGAAGAUGAUGCGGAAAUUGAAGGAGGGGGGGCACAGGGUGCUUGUUUUCUCUCAGAUGACCAAGAUGUUGGAUCUGUUGGAGGACUUCCUGGAGAAUGAGGGUUACAAGUAUGAAAGAAUUGACGGAGGAAUCACAGGAGGGAUGAGACAGGAGGCUAUCGAUCGUUUCAAUGCUCCGGGUGCUCCGCAGUUUGCCUUCCUCCUGUCAACGAGGGCUGGAGGUUUGGGAAUCAACCUGGCCACAGCCGACACCGUCAUCAUCUACGACUCGGACUGGAAUCCUCACAAUGACAUCCAGGCCUUCAGCAGAGCUCAUCGUAUCGGCCAAAACAAGAAGGUGAUGAUCUACCGUUUUGUGACCAAGGCCUCUGUGGAGGAGAGGAUUACUCAGGUUGCCAAGAAGAAGAUGAUGCUGACUCACCUGGUGGUCCGACCUGGUCUCGGAUCCAAAACCGGCUCCAUGUCCAAGCAGGAACUGGACGACAUCCUCAAGUUUGGAACAGAACAGCUUUUCAAGGACGAAGGGGAGGGUGACAACAAAGAGGAGGACAGCAGCAUCAUCCACUACGACGACAAAGCCAUCGACCGACUGCUGGACAGGAAUCAGGAUGCCACAGAUGACACAGAGCUGCAGAGCAUGAACGAGUACCUGAGCUCCUUCAAAGUGGCUCAGUAUGUGGUCAAAGAUGAGGAGGAGGAGGAGGAGGAAGUGCAACGGGAGAUCAUCAAGCAGGAGGAGAGCGUGGAUCCAGACUACUGGGAGAAACUCCUGCGGCACCAUUACGAGCAGCAGCAGGAGGACCUGGCCCGAAACCUGGGCAAAGGCAAACGAAUCCGCAAGCAGGUCAACUACAACGACGGCUCACAAGAAGACAGAGCUGAUUGGCAGGAUGAUCAGUCCGAUGGCCAAUCAGAUUACUCUGUGGCGUCUGAGGAGGGUGACGAGGACUUUGAUGAGAGAUCAGAGGCCAACUCCCGCCGGCCGAACAGGAAGGGCCUGAGGAACGACAAAGACAAACCACUGCCCCCCCUGCUGGCCAGGGUGGGAGGCAACAUCGAGGUGCUGGGCUUUAACUCUCGGCAGAGGAAGGCUUUCCUGAAUGCAGUGAUGCGUUAUGGGAUGCCUCCCCAAGACGCCUUUACCACCCAGUGGCUGGUCCGAGACCUGCGAGGGAAGUCUGAGAAAGAAUUCAAGGCCUACGUUUCUUUGUUUAUGCGCCACCUUUGUGAACCCGGAGCCGACGGCGCCGAGACCUUCGCCGAUGGAGUCCCCAGGGAAGGGUUGUCGCGGCAACAUGUCCUCACUCGCAUCGGCGUCAUGUCCCUUAUUCGCAAAAAGGUUCAGGAGUUCGAGCACGUGAACGGUCAGUGGUCGAUGCCCUGGAUGGCCGAGCUGGAGGAGAACAAGAGGGUCGCAGCGCAGCCCGAUUCGCCAGGAAAAACCCCCUCCACCGGCACCCCCGCCGACACACAGCCCAACACACCCGCUCCAGUCGAUGACUCCUCAAAGACAGAUGAGGCGGCAAAGGAGGCGGCAAAGGAAGCCGCAAAGGAAGCCGCAAAGGAAGCCGCAAAGGAGGCUGCAAAGGAGACAGAGAAGGAGGCGAGGAAAGAACGCGAGGUGGAGAAGAGCAGCAAGGAGCCCGUCAAAGCCGACGACGAGGUGAUCGCCAUCCCAGAUGAUGAUGAUGAAAAGAGUCCGACUGCCGAACAGGAGAAGAAGAACGGCGAGGAGCCGAUGGAGACGGACAAACCGAGCAACGGCGAAGCGGAAAGCCCCCCCAAAGAGAAGGAAGGCGAGAAGGAGGCAGAGGCCGAGAAGAAGAGUCCAGAGGGAGGCGAGGAAACAAAGUCACCAGCGGAGGCAAAGACCGAAGGGUCAGAGGUCAAGUCCGAGGACUCUGAGGUCAAAGAAGAAAAGAAAGAAGAGAAUGCAGAAAAGAUGGACACCACUCCUCCCGCUGACGACAAGAAAGACGUAAAGGAUGAGAAGGACGCCCCGAAGCCAGAGGAGGCCCCCAAGUUGCAGAACGGAGACAGCAAAGAGGGCGCCGCCUCCACGCCGGCUGCCGCCGCCAGCACCGUGAGCGAGGAGAAGAAGAAGGCCAAAAGCCGCUUCAUGUUCAACAUCGCAGAUGGAGGCUUCACAGAGCUCCAUUCUUUAUGGCAGAACGAGGAGCGUGCCGCCACCGUCACCAAGAAGACCAACGAGAUCUGGCACCGUCGCCAUGACUACUGGCUGCUGGCUGGCAUCAUACAACAUGGUUACGCCCGCUGGCAGGACAUCCAGAAUGACGUGCGGUUCGCCAUCCUCAACGAACCCUUUAAGGGGGAGAUGAACAGGGGGAACUUUCUGGAGAUCAAGAACAAGUUCCUCGCCAGGAGAUUCAAGCUGUUGGAACAGGCGCUGGUCAUCGAGGAGCAGCUGCGUCGAGCCGCCUACCUCAACAUGUCAGAGGACCCCUCCCACCCCUCCAUGGCCCUCAACACCCGCUUCAGCGAGGUGGAGUGUCUAGCUGAGUCCCACCAGCAUCUCAGCAAAGAGUCGAUGUCCGGGAACAAACCGGCAAACGCCGUCCUGCACAAAGUGCUGAAGCAGCUGGAGGAACUGCUGAGUGACAUGAAGGCGGACGUGACCCGCCUCCCGGCAACCAUUGCCCGGAUACCGCCAGUGGCAGUGCGGCUCCAGAUGUCUGAGAGGAACAUCCUGAGCCGCCUGGCGAGCCGAGGACCCGACACACAGGCACAGGCACAGCAGACAGAUGUCGCAGCAGUAGACUGAAAUUUGUCUCUAACUUUGAGAACCACCCCCUGCCUCACCUCUACAUUCCUGAUUGGUGCACAGCAGAAUGAUGGACAGCGAGCCCAAGCUUUAAGCCACUCCCAGUUCUCUUUGCCCCCCAAAAACAGACUUUACAGAGUUUUUCUGGAGGAUAAAAGCUCCUCCGACCCAUGAGAAUGAGGCUGUGGACAGAAAAGCUGUUUUAUUAUUAUUUUUCUCCUUUUUUCAAUUUCUGUAUUAAUAUUAUUGAUAUAAUGUUGUUAUGGUUUUUUUGGGACCUAAAUAAAAAAAAAAAGUAAA